AUGGGUCCCAAGGAUUUGAAAAAGCGCAAAAUUGCUGCUGCGCCUAAAGUUGAAGAGGUCAAUUUCGACAACGAAUCCCGCCACGAAUACUUGACUGGAUUUCACAAACGCAAGGUGCAGCGCGCCAAGCAUGCGCAAGAAAAUGCCAUCAAGAGAUACAAAGAAGAGAAGAGAGAAGCAAGAAAAAAGAUUCGAGAGGAUCGCAAACGAGACUUUGAACAGGCAAUGGCGGAGCAUAAAGCAGUACUCAAGCGCAUGAAGGAGGAUGCUGGUGAUAUCAGCGAAAUGGAAGGCGAGGAAGAGGAGGAAGACUGGGAGGGAAUUGAAGAGCCUCCAGCAGUGGACUACGAAGCGGAAUACGUCGACGAGGACAAAUACACAACAGUCACGGUUGAAGAAAUGGACGCAUCCCGUGAGGGUCUGCUCAAGGCUGCCAAGGGAGAGGACUCGGAGAAUGAAGAAGAGAAAAAAUAUCCGGUUGAGUCGACAGAGGAUCAAACAAAAGCCAAGAAGAGAAAGCCCCGGAGUGCAGCCUCAGAAGCGGCCAGGAAAAAGAAGAGGAACUUCCGCUACGAGACAAAAGUUGAGCGCAAACAGACAAUGUUAAAACAGCGGUCUAUGAAAGCGAAGAGGGCAAAGGCACGAAAGGGGGCAGAGGAAUGA